CUCGUGACGCACAUUAUUAAGCCAAAACAGCAAAUCAAAAUGCGUUUGUGUGAAGAACUAUGUCUAACGCAUCGAGCAAUUGUUGUUUCAACGUAUUUUAAGGGCUAUAUUUACCCUAGCGGCUAGAAGCAAAACAUUAGCACGGAUGGCGCCCAACUCGGUGUUCUUCUUCCAAUCCCGAUCGGAUUGUGUCUAUCGAACUUAGUGCCGAAGCUCGUCCCGAUCAUUUCGUUGUUCGUUGCGUAGUAGAUCGGAGGUACUGCAUCAAACGCUCUCUUCGAAGUUCUCCGCUGAUAAGUACCAUCAGGGUACAAUCACGUCGAUAGGUGUUCAUCGCUUGUGCAUUUUGUGUAACUUUCUUUACUAGCAUCCACGCAUCCACAAUGGCAAACGAACCACAGCUGAAUCUUGAAAAGUUGUUUGAUCUGGACCCGUACCUUAAAUCACACGAGCAAGAAAUUCGACGCAGAAACACCGAAUUCCGAGGAUGGCUCAAACGAUUGAACGAACUGGAGGGUGGAUUGAAUGAAUUCACUCAAGGAUACAAAUACUACGGGUUGCAUAUUGCCCAGGACAAUAGUGUUGUCGCACGAGAAUGGGCUCCCGGUGCCAAGGAAGUAUUCCUAACGGGCGAUUUCAAUAACUGGCAAUGGUUAGCGACGCCGUACGAAAAGCAACCCUUUGGCAAAUGGGAGCUGAAGAUUCCUCCGAAUCCGGAUGGUUCCUGUGCAAUCCAACACCUGUCAGAGAUCAAGGUGAUCAUACGCAAGCAGGACGGUGCACUCGUCGAUCGUCUGUCACCAUGGGCAAAGUAUGUCGUACCACCACCCAAAGAAUUGGGAGUAAAUUUUCAGCAACGCGUGUGGCAUCCUCCAGCGCAUGAGAAGUACAUGUUUCGGCACCGGAAACCUACCCGUCCGCGAGCACUGCGUAUUUACGAGUGCCACGUUGGUAUCGCAACGGAAGAGUAUGGCGUGGGGACGUAUCGCAACUUUGCCGACAAUAUCGUUCCGCGCAUAGCAAAGCUGGGCUACAACACGAUACAGGUGAUGGCCAUUAUGGAGCACGCGUACUAUGCUAGCUUCGGGUAUCAGAUUACGAGCUUCUUUGCUGCCUCUAGCCGGUACGGGACGCCGGAGGAAUUGAAAUACAUGGUGGAUAAGGCGCACGAACAUGGUAUCUUUGUGCUGCUCGAUGUCGUACAUUCACACGCGAGCAAAAAUACGCAAGAUGGACUGAAUCAGUUCGAUGGUACGAAUGCUUGCUACUUCCACGAUGGGGCUCGCGGUGAGCAUACUCUGUGGGACAGUCGUCUUUUCAACUACUCCGAGUAUGAAGUGCUUCGGUUCCUGCUAUCGAACCUUCGCUGGUGGCGCGACGAGUACAACUUCGAUGGGUAUCGCUUCGACGGUGUUACCUCGAUGCUGUAUCACUCCCGCGGCAUUGGAGAAGGUUUCUCGGGCGAUUAUAACGAGUACUUUGGGCUGAAUGUCGACACGGAAGCACUGAUCUAUCUGGCUAUCGCAAACUAUUUCCUGCACGAAAUGGAUCCCAACGUAAUUACGAUUGCAGAAGAUGUUAGCGGCAUGCCGACACUCUGUCGUCCAACGCAGGAAGGUGGUGUUGGGUUUGACUAUCGUCUCGGCAUGGCCAUCCCGGACAAGUGGAUCCAGGUGUUGAAAACGAAGAGCGACGAGGAUUGGAACAUUGGCAACAUCGUGCACACGCUAACGAAUCGUCGCUGGAAGGAGAACACGGUCGCUUACGCCGAAUCGCACGAUCAGGCGCUGGUUGGUGAUAAAACGAUCGCUUUCUGGCUGAUGGACAAGGAGAUGUACACGCACAUGUCUACCCUGUCCGAUUCCAGCCUUAUCAUUGACCGUGGCCUUGCGCUGCACAAGAUGAUCCGCCUGAUCACACACGGGCUCGGUGGAGAGGCUUAUCUCAACUUCAUGGGCAACGAAUUCGGGCAUCCGGAGUGGUUAGAUUUUCCCCGCAUUGGUAACAACGAAUCGUAUCACUAUGCACGCCGACAGUGGCAUUUGGUCGAUGAUCAGAUAUUAAAAUAUCGCUUCCUGAACGAGUUCGAUCGUGCGAUGCACCAUGCGGAGGAAAAGUAUCACUGGCUCGAUUGCCUACCAGCGUAUGUAAGCUGGAAGCACGAGGAUGAUAAGGUAAUCGCAUUCGAGCGCAACAAUCUGCUGUUUUUGUUUAACUUUCACAGCACCAAAAGCUUCACCGACUAUCGCAUCGGUGUGGAGUUGGCUGGUAAGUAUCGCAUCGUGCUAAGCUCGGAUGAUGCUGAAUUUGGGGGUUUCAAUCGUAUCGAUAAGAGCAUCGAGCACCAUACAUUCCCGGAGGGUUGGGCUGGCCGUCAGAAUUACAUGCAGCUAUAUCUGCCCUGCAGAACCGCUUGCAUCCUUGCGCCACAGUAAAUUGUGCAUCGCGUAUUUGUGUGUGUGCGUGAAAUUAUCAGAAUUGUUACUAUUGGGACACGCAUCACACGUUACCUACCCAUUGCCCCGGCCGGUGGUUAGUGUGGUUAGUUAUGUUUUCAUACUAGAAAUAUGGCAAUCGUUACAAUGAUAUAGUGGUAUAUAAGUAGUGUAGAAAUAGAAACAGAGAAGAUCAAUAAACUGAACAAGCAAAUUUG